UGUUCAAGACAAACAAGGGACUCAUGAACAACUAUCACUAAACAAAAAAACACAGCUGUGGAUCAUUUGGGUAACAUCUGGGUCAUUUUUAUAAAUUCAGCUAUUAUUUUUUUUCUUGUGGACUGUAUGUAAACGUCUUUUAUGUUAAAUGUCUUAUUCAGGUCAGUACUAAAUUAAAAUUACCAUGCAUUUUAUAUGAUAAUGAACAUAAUGAACAUUUUGCAGAUUCUGCAAAAUAAUGUUUUGAUGCAAAGAAUAGGCUUCGAUUUGGGAUAAAUUAUAAGACUCAUAGAGGUCAUCGACAGAGAUUCACCCAUUUAUUUGGAGAAAGAUCCAUCUAUUAGUCAUCCUUCAAAACACAUCACAUGUUGUUCUGUGAAAAAGCCAGAAGACUGAUUACGUCACACUGUGUUCCCGUGGACUGCUUAAGACAAUCAGGUUGAUUGUGUUGUUUACAAAUAGCAACACGUUAAGAUAUGUACAGAUGCAUUUUGUUUGUGUAAUAUUUCACUUGAUUGAAUAAUUCCUUAGUUGUCAAAAAAAAUAAAGUGUUCCCAUGAUGGUUUUCUAAAUGUGGAUGCUUUAGGUUGACUUCCUGUAGGUGUGAGCGGCUCAGGUAAACCGCCAAAGUCAGUGUGUGUUGUGUGAGUGGAUUAGUGGAGCAGAGGAAUCAACACACGGCUCUGUGAAGAGUGACCAUAACACUGUGUACAUCACACCGCUCAGACCAGCCACACGCAGGAGAACCAGAAGAUAGGAGUGAAAUGUCCUGUCUGGAUGAGGUGCCCUUUAAGAUCCCUCUCGGUUUCCUUGAGGAUGCUCAAGAACAGGUCGAGCUCAUCACGGCUCCAGAAAUCACUCUACCCGAUUACCUGAAGAUACUGCAGGAAACUGAGUAUGUCUUCAGCCUGGAGAACUGGGUUCUCACGGGUCUCCAGAGUGGCUAUCCAACACUCAGUCCCCACUCUUCCUUUGAGCUGACAGCAACCUGUCCUCCAUACUGGAUGAUGUUCAGCAGCCCUCAGGAGAGCAGGUUAGCCAGCCGCUGGAACAGCGACUUCUGGGAGCCCAACCCUCGUCCACGCAGCCGCAGCUUAAAUGCGGCCCACUACCGUGCGAUGAACGCCCGAGUCAAAUUCACUAUCUCUGACUCAGAAGAUGAAGAAUUUACAGAAGAAGAUGGGGCUGCUCUUGCUGAGGAUGAAGCACAGUCUAAACAAAGUGGUUUAGGUUUGCCAAGACAAGGACCAGGGUUGAAAGACUUGCACACUUGUGGAUCAUCAAACUUCCUCAAGCUGCCUUCACCUUGCGGCCUCGCCGCGCAGCGCCAGGGGAUGCCGUCCUCUCUCUGCAGGCGUAACUCACCCCAAAGAAACUUCCAGAGGAGUCAGAACUCUGCUGGGUGUACCAAUGCAUCUUCCACAACCUUCCUCAACAACCUACAGUUUGAAUGCAUCAACAAUCCCACCUCAAAGGCCCAGGGUUCAUCCUCCCCCCCGGCCCCAUCACGGCCACUCAAUUCCCACGCUGCCGUCCUGGACUCUUCGGUCGAGCUGCUCUCCGCUCUCAGCCCAGAGGAAAGGGAGCUGCUGGCAGCCGUGACCGAGCGGGGCUACCCUCUCCGUACGGCCAUCAUCGCCCUCCAGAAAACUGGCCAGCAGAGUCCAGAGCAGAUCUUGAGUUAUCUGGUGGCGUGUGAUCGGUUGUGUGAACUCGGCUAUGAUGAAGCUCAGGUUGAAGAAGCUCUCGAGAUGUUUCAGAACUGUGAGACCAAGGCUGAGGAGUUCCUUCACCUUCUUGCUCAGUUUCAUGAAAUGGGCUUCCAGCAGAACGCCAUUAAAGAGGUUCUUCUGGUGCAUGAGAACCACAGAGAGCGAGCGCUGGAGGAACUCAUGACCCGCGUGGCCUGAUCCGAUCCAUGUUAUGAUGCAAUAAAUUAGCAGCGAUCAUGGUUUGUGUUAUUCUCCGAGCUCAUAUAGCUGUUGCUUAUUUAUCAUAUGAGGAACUGUGUUUAUUCAUUGUGCAUUCUAGACAUGUGUUGAGGAGGAGAAGCACAGUUUGACAAACAACACCGGGGAAUGAGUCUCUAACAACGCAUUUUUAUAGUGUUUUCCAUAGCAAUCAAACUUUUGCUUAUUUAAUGAAAUGUAAACCAUUGGUAUUUAUGAUGUUAAUUUGUUUUGUUUUUCUUGGAAUUCAUGCAAUUAUUAAACUUUUUAAAAUGCAUUAGAAUUGUUAAAGCCAUAUAUAUAUAUAUAUAUAUAUAUAUAUAUAUAUAUAUAUCAAUCUUUCCAGUUCCUAUAUGGUGCCUCCACUUAUGUACAACAUGCUGAAAAUUUGCACUAUUUAGUUUUCGUCAGACAAACCUCUUUGACAAAAUAUUUUCUUGAAGUAUCCCCUGAGAUUAAUAUUUCAAUAAUUUAACUACACAUUUGCAUAUUUACGGUGCUCUGUUGGUUAACGGUCAAAUGACAUGC